UUCUGAAAUUUCACAAUAUUUCGCGAGACGCAAAGCCGUGGCGGUUGCGGUAUGUCAAAUUAAAGCAUUGUACGUUACCAGAGACGAAAGAUACAAGCCGCCACACACAAGUUUCUGUCAUCCUACUCGUUUCAGGUAUGGCAGGGUAUAACAGGCCAGGAGACCAUGGAGUUGCUAGGCUAAAGCCACAGUAUAUUUUGGCAGAUCACAGGCCAACUAUUGACACAGAAUAUCUAUCUCAAGACACUAAGGAUCAGAUGGCAGCGUUAGACAAAGAGAAGAUGGCAGGAGAGGAACCAGCCAAAAAACGUGUAAAGCUUAAGGGUAGAAACAAACAAAGGCCCAUUGUGGGAAAAAAGUUAACAGCCGCAGACAAACUAUGCCCUUCUAUUGUCCAUGAAAGAGAAUGUACUUACGGUGAUAAGUGCAAGUUUAAUCAUGAUUUGAAGAAAUUCCUUGACGAGAAACCUCCAGAAUUAGGUCCGGAAUGCUACAUGUUUGAGACAUACGGAAAAUGCCCGUGUGGAAUCACCUGCAGAUUCGCAAAAAGUCACCUUACAGAGGACUUUAAAAAUGUUACGAAACCAGAUGUGGAUAAAAUGAAGAAAAAGUCGGACACUGUGUCAAAUGUCCUAACAAAAGACCUUCAGCAUUUGUUAUGGAAGAGAAAGUAUGAUUUCUCUAAGUCGGAUGCCAUUUUGGAUGAGUUAUGUCCCUUUGCAAAUUAUCAGAAGAAAAGGACUGAGACUUACCUGAAAAAUAAAGAAGAGGAAGCCAAAAAGCAAGAAACUGCAAUAAGUGAGGAUGGAGUGGAAAUUAAUGUAGCAGAUAACGUAGGGACGGGUGUCAACAAAGGAGAAAACGGCAGUGCUGCCAGUAAUAUUCAAGUGGUAGAUAGUAAGCUUGAUAUACCGGUUCCACCAGUAAAGAAGGUUCUUUUCUCUGACAAACUAUAUCUGGCUCCACUCACCACAGUCGGCAACCUUCCAUUCAGGCGUAUAUGUAAGCGUUAUGGAGCGGAUAUAACAUGUGGAGAAAUGGCAGUUUGUACUAACUUGCUGCAGGGUCAGCAGUCAGAAUGGGCACUGCUUAAACGUCACGAAUCAGAAGAUCUGUUUGGUGUACAGUUAUGUGGAGGUUAUCCUGACUCGAUGACGAGGUGUGCGCAGCUGAUAUGUGAAACAAUGGACAUAGAUUUUAUAGACAUUAACUGUGGAUGUCCCAUAGAUCUUAUAUUCAACAAGGGUGAAGGCAGUGCUUUGAUGGGUCGACAGGCAAAGUUUGAACAGAUUGUGACUGGUAUGAAGUCAGUAAUGAACGUUCCUCUCACAGUGAAGAUGAGGACAGGCAUCUACGACAACAAGAAUAUAGCCCAUACUAUAUUACCACACCUUAGAGAUUGGGGUGUUGCAAUGUGUACCUUACAUGGCAGAUCACGGACACAGAGGUACACAAGGACAGCUGACUGGGAAUACAUUAAUUAUUGUGCAGAGGCAGCUGCACCAAUGCCUCUCUUUGGGAAUGGUGAUAUACUUACAUAUGAAGAUUACAAUCUGCACAGAGAACAGUCUGCUGUCGGUGGAGUCAUGCUCGCUAGGGGAGCUUUAAUAAAGCCAUGGUUAUUCACUGAGAUAAAAGAGCAGAGACACUGGGAUAUAUCAUCUACAGAGAGAUUUGAUAUGCUCCGGGAUUAUGUCAACUUUGGAAUGGACAACUGGGGGUCUGAUCAACAGGGAAUAGAAAUCACAAGAAGAUUUUUGUUGGAGUGGCUGUCUUUUCUGUACAGGUAUAUUCCAGUGGGAAUCUUAGAACGUGUACCCCAGCAGAUCAAUGAGAGGCCGCCAUUCUAUAAGGGGAGAGAUGAAAUGGAGACUCUAAUGGCUAGUCCAAAUUGUGGAGACUGGGUCAAAAUUAGUGAGAUGCUGCUUGGAAGAGUACCAGAUGGGUUUAAUUUCCUACCGAAACACAAGGCAAAUGCUUAUAAGUAAAUGUGGGAUUAAUGACAGUUGAGGUUUAUUGAGAUAAAUUGAACAAUUCUAGGUUUAUAAUGAAUUCUGUUUGUUGCAACCACAGUAUACUUGCAUUAUAUUUUAACUAUAAGGAGUUCAUGUAAUAAUCAAGUUAUUGCCCAAGGACCAAUGACUGAUAGUUUUGAAUAUUGACUGUCAAGCCAGUCAGUGAGUUUGACUGUUGACUGGUAAACCAUUCAGUGAGUGUUUUACUACUUGAUUUCAAAAUAAAAUUUUCAUUGUU